CAGACUAAAUCAUACUGCAGCCUUUUAAUUUAGAUUAUAAAUCAAAGAUUCAUUCUCAUUCCUUCAUCAGAGUUUUUUUUCUGCAGACGACAAAUUAAAAAAAAAACAAAAAUGGUACUAAAGAAAAAAUAUAGAGGUGUCCGACAGCGGCACUGGGGUUCUUGGGUGUCAGAGAUACGACACCCUCUCCUGAAGAGGAGGGUGUGGCUGGGGACUUUCGAGACGGCGGAGGAGGCGGCGAGGGCGUACGACGAGGCGGCAAUUCUUAUGAGCGGUAGAAACGCCAAGACCAACUUUCCGGUGCCGGUUACCCGGGAUGUUGACGGUAACGGUAACGAUAAUAUUUCUCCGUCAUCUUCCUCAUCAUCUUCCACCGCCGCCGCCUCUGCGGCUGCGGCGGCGGCCAACGCGAGAGCGACUUCUCUCUCGUCGAUUCUCAGCGCCAAGCUUCGGAAGUGCUGCAAAUCUCCGUCGCCGUCUCUCACUUGCCUCCGGCUAGAUACGGAGAAUUCGCACAUUGGUGUGUGGCAGAAACGGGCCGGAUCCGGGUCGGAAUCCAACUGGGUCAUGACCGUUGAGCUUGGCAAGAAAAAGAACGCCGAUCAGAAUAUCCCGUCGUCAACCAUGGAUCACGACCAUGAACUGCCACCGCCGCCGCCGCCGCCUCUGGCGGCAUCUCCGGCAGAAUCCUUCGGUAUGAUGAGGGGUGGGAUUGAUGAAGAGGAAAGGAUUGCACUGCAAAUGAUCGAAGAACUUCUCAACAGGAAUUAAUCCAAUCAAAUUAAUUUCUAAAUUAUAUUUAAUAUAUAUAAUUAUAUUCCAUUAU